UGAAUUUCCUCUUGCUGAUCUGCUGCAGCCUUUCAGGGAAUAUUACUUACAGGCUGAGCUUUCUGUAGCAGCUCUAAUCCAGAUCAGGCAGUGAGCAAUCAGGCAGGGACAAUGAGCUACCUGGAUGGAGUGCCCUUCCGGACUGCUGUGAGCAUCGAGGGCAACUCUGCAGGAGAAAGCACCUUCAUCAAGGCUCCAGCCAUAGAGCUCCCUGACUGCACCGACAUCCUCAUGAGCACCAUGCACGACUUCUCACUGGAGCGAAAGGUGCAGUACUGGCUGGAGGCCGCUUCUCAGCACCAAACCUCCUGGCAGCAGCUCCACACCGACACCAUCCCCACGGCCCCACCAUGCUGGCUGCUGCUGGUGGACCCCGCUGAGGGCAAGGAGACAGCAGCGAGCAGAGUGAAGGAGGGCACGGUGCGGCGCAGCAUCAGCCUCAGCGCCGAGCGGGGCCGGGGAAGAGCCUCCGACACAGAGAGUGAGGCUGGGUGCUCAGAGGACGAUGAGUGCUGGGAGGACGAUGAGUAUUCCUCCACCUCCUGGGAGGAAAAUGACAGGGAGGAGCACAUUCUCCGGAGGAGAAACCAGCAUGGCUUGCAGCAGAUCCGACCAAAGACAUCGCCUGGCUUGCUGGAGCCUCCUUCAGAGAACGGCUUCAAGGCUGCGAGCCCGGAUCCAGGCAAGCAGAGGAGGUCCAUGGUUUUGUUCAACAACAUGAAGAAUGAGCUGGAAGCAGCCAGGAGGAAGCUGGCUGCAUUGGUGCAUCCUUUAAAUAGAGCCACAGCCGAAAGCAAAGGGGCUCCCAUGCCACCAGCGCUCCCCCAGCACUGCCGAAGCAACAGGAGCCUCAAGUUUGGACCGGCAGCAGAGGGGUCUCACAUGGGAAGCCUGGUGCCAGCUCCCCCCAUGGCACCCAAUGACUCCAUGCCACCCAUCCGCAAGCACAAGCCUACAGUCCCGUCCCUCAGCCCCUACUCCUGCCUGCCCCCAGCACGGCCGCUGGCAUCCCGCAAAGCCAAGCCAGAUUCAGCGGCUGACCUGCUGUCAGCACUGAGCCAGGAGGAGCGCGACCUCAUCGAGCCCGUCAUUGCCUUGGGCUACCCGGCCCGCAAAGCCAUCCUCACUCUCCAGAAGACCGGGAGGCAAAGCCUGGGGCAGUUUCUGGGCUACCUCCGCGCCUGUGACCGGCUGCUGAAGCAGGGCUAUGAGGAGGGGCAGGUGGAGGAGGCCAUGGAAAUGUUCCAGUACUCGGAGAAAAAGGCAGCUGAAUUCCUGCACUUGUUAGCUCAGUUCAACGACAUGGGUUUCCAGCAAAAUGAAAUCAAAGAAGUCCUCCUGCUCUGUGGGAACCAGAGGGACAAGGCGCUGGAAGAGCUCGUGAUGAAGAGGCAGUGAAUGUGCCCAGCACCUACAAAGCAGGAUGCAUCCUACUGCCCAUCCCUUCCUAGGCCACAUUUACAAAUACAGCCACGUGCAGAUUCUUACACUGUGAUAUAAGUCACCUGAAUUGAUUGUUUUUACAAAAGCUGGGUGCUCUUUGCAGGAACAUUGGUUCCUCCUUUCUUGGGAAGAUUCUCAGCAGACUUUAUGACGUUUGAACGUUGUGACAGGAAAUCUAGAUGUUAGCGUCUCCUUGUGAACUAGAAACUUGACAAAAAUGCACAGCUCAACGAAGGGCACAGAGAGAACAUGGGCUGAGGUUGCUCUAGGUAGCUAAUGUGUGACUUUUGACCCAGGACAGUGAAAAAUGUCUUAUGCAAGGCUUUACGCUCAGGAAUUGUCAUGAAAUCUGAGCAGAGAGAUGGAUGACUGGCUUGCCUCUGCCUUUUAUUAAGCAAAUUCAAAGGGUGCUUCUCUAAAUGGCAAAGACAAUGGCUCAAAACCAGGUUUAGCACAUCUGGGUGCCUGGGGGAGUUCCUGUGCUCGGCUAACUAUGGACAACAGGAAAUUCAGAUUGCCUUACAGGACAUUGCUCUUGUUUUGGCAGUGCAGCGAUGGAUGAUGUUCUCACACAGAAGUACAUUGUUCCCCUGUCUGUUA